GCAUGGUAUAUAUAUACGUAUCACGGGCUUCCGCGGAACUCACGGGAAUUGCAUCAUUGCACGUGAAGCUGGGCGCAUCGCGUUCUUCGCCGAUUCCUCUCCGCUCGAGUUUCCGCCGAUACAAGAUCGAGAUGUUGACCGCCGCGAAAUUACUCAACCGCAGCUGCACCGGCAUCGCCUGCGACCUCGCCAGGAAACAGCAGUUCAGCACGAUUUUAAAAAAUGUUGCGGCUCCAACAGUCACCGUGCCACACCGAUUUACCGAUGUGCAACAGUAUCGGUACAAAUCGGAAGGUGUAAAGGGCGCGGUUAUCGGUAUCGAUCUUGGAACCACAUUUUCUUGCGUGGCAGUUAUGGAGGGCAAGCAAGCUAAGGUUAUAGAAAACGCCGAGGGCUCUAGGACUACUCCAUCUUACGUUGCUUUUACGAAAGAUAACGAACGUUUAGUUGGCAUGCCUGCGAAACGCCAAGCAGUCACAAAUUCCGCUAAUACAUUUUACGCGACAAAACGAUUAAUUGGAAGGAGAUUCGAGGAUGCCGAAGUGAAAAAGGAUAUGAAGAGCGUAACAUAUAAAAUUGUGAAAGCGUCUAAUGGCGACGCGUGGGUUCAAGGUGCUGAUGGAAAAAUGUAUUCCCCCAGUCAAGUUGGGGCGUUUGUGCUUAUGAAAAUGAAGGAAACCGCUGCGGCUUAUUUGAACACUUCAGUGAAGAAUGCCGUUAUUACUGUACCAGCCUAUUUUAACGACUCACAACGACAGGCGACAAAGGAUGCUGGUCAAAUUGCCGGAUUGAAUGUACUACGUGUAAUUAAUGAGCCAACCGCAGCUGCGCUUGCUUACGGCAUGGACAAACAGGAGGAUAAAAUUAUUGCUGUUUAUGACUUGGGUGGAGGUACCUUCGAUAUCUCAAUUUUAGAAAUCCAGAAGGGUGUCUUUGAAGUAAAAUCCACAAAUGGAGAUACAUUUUUGGGGGGAGAAGAUUUUGACAAUGCAUUGGUUAAUUACCUUGUAUCUGAAUUUAAAAAAGAGCAAGGGCUGGACGUGACGAAAGAUGCGAUGGCAAUGCAAAGAUUGAAGGAAGCGUCGGAAAAGGCUAAGAUAGAAUUAUCAAGUUCCCUACAAACGGAUAUAAAUCUUCCCUACCUCACUAUGGAUUCUAGUGGACCAAAGCAUUUAAAUCUGAAAUUAUCCAGAAGUAAAUUCGAAAGUCUCGUAAACGAUCUGAUUAAGCGUACUGUUCAACCGUGUCAGAAGGCGCUUUCUGACGCCGAAGUGUCAAAAUCCGAUAUCGGAGAAGUUUUAUUGGUCGGUGGUAUGACCAGAGUCCCUAAGGUACAACAAACGGUUCAAGAGAUAUUCGGCAGACAACCAUCGAAAGCUGUCAAUCCGGACGAAGCCGUAGCCGUUGGUGCUGCGGUUCAAGGAGGUGUACUUGCGGGAGAUGUAACAGACGUCUUGCUUCUCGACGUUACACCCUUGUCAUUAGGUAUUGAAACACUCGGUGGUGUGUUCACGAGAUUGAUCUCUCGCAACACGACCAUACCUACAAAGAAGAGUCAGGUAUUUUCUACGGCAGCGGACGGUCAAACGCAAGUCGAGAUUAAAGUUCAUCAAGGCGAGCGAGAAAUGGCUGGUGAUAACAAACUCCUAGGGCAGUUUAGCCUUGUUGGUAUUCCACCUGCGCCGAGGGGCGUACCACAAAUAGAAGUAACGUUUGAUAUCGAUGCAAACGGUAUAGUGCAUGUAUCAGCCAGAGAUAAGGGAACCGCCAAAGAGCAGCAAAUUGUUAUUCAGUCUAGUGGUGGCCUUAGCAAAGAUGAGAUUGAAAACAUGGUUAAGAAUGCCGAACAAUACGCAAAGGCAGAUAAAGUUAAGAAGGAGAGAGUUGAAGCUCUCAAUCAAGCAGAGGGAAUUAUACACGACACAGAAUCGAAAUUAGAAGAAUUCAAACAGCAGUUACCACAGGAAGAGUGUGACAAACUUAAGGAAUUAGUUGCUAAACUGCGAGAGAUUCUGGCUAAGAAGGAUGACGCGGAUCCUGAAGAAAUAAAGAAGCAAACGAACGAACUUCAACAAGCAAGUUUGAAAUUGUUUGAAAUGGCGUACAAAAAGAUGGCGGCAGAAAGAGAAAGUCAAAAUCAAUCGCAGCAGGAACCUGAGGGCGAGAAGAAGGAGGAGAAAAAUUAAUUUAGAUAAUUUAUGUUCUGUACAAAAGGAAAACCAAAUUCCAUUCACAUACACUUGUAUAAGAGUCUGCUGCCGUUCCGCGAGCUCAAAGAAAAACCAUUUAUUCUAGUUGAAGAGAGACAAAUACAAAUUUUGAUGUUUUGCGCGAUAACCGACUAAAAAUUAAGUAUUCACGUGCAAAAAGAGAGAAAAAGAAAAUUUUGCUUAUUGAUUCUGGUUGGUAUUCGGUCUCUAUAAUUAUAUAGUUUUUUAUAUAAGUAGUAUUUUUGCGCUUUAAAUAAUAAAUAAAAUUAUCUUUUAUUUCUUGCGAGAUUUGAAAGAUGAUAGUUACUUUAAGUUUCAUCAAAUCUAUUAAAAAAGAAAAACGUUAAUGUGUAUGUUUCACAUUUGUAGUAGUAAUGGCCAGGUUUCUUUAAAAAGGUGUGGCCAGAUUUCACGCAAAGUAAUAAAUUAUGUACAUAGUUGGUCACUUGUAUAAUGUAACUAUAUAAUGCAAAAUGAUCAUUUUUUGUGCAGUCUACGAAACGUGCAGAAUGUCAAGCUAUUUACCGUUGUAACAAUUACUGUAAAACUUUGUACCAAAAAUAUGAAAAUUUGUUAACAAGCCCGCUAUUGUAGAAUGCUUCGUAGCACUUAACAGUGGAUAAGUGUGAGGUAAGACUAUAGAAUUGAGAAAGUGAAAUGAGCGUUCCUGUGCAAAACAGACUUACUUUAUAAAUAGUAUACAAUACAUAGAUUAUAUCGUAGAGAAUAUUGUUAUGUAAUCAACCUAUUUGAUUUCUUUUUUUAUUUAAAUAUCAAACGAGAGCAUUAAAUUUUAUGGUUUCGUUCUGUUGUUUAAUAAAUUCACUCAAUUUUAA